AAGAAGUGAUGAACCCGCGCAUGCGCACUACAAUGUUGCGUUCCUCAAAAGAAAAAAGACAGUAGAAAACAAAGCAACAAUCUGUUUCCUGUAUCUAACAUUAGGUUUGUUCCUGAGUCGCGUUUGUUGAAGUUAUUUGUUGGUUUGCUACAUUCGUACGCUGGAAACACAACGGUAACGAGGCAGCUGUUCGCUUAGCUGGGUUUUAAUUAAUCACAAAAUGGCGACAGCAGACGACUCCCGAUUCUACAGUGAACAUGAUGAUCGUGUUGGACCCAAACAUCGCAGGAAAGGCAGGGGACCUUUCAGAGCGCCGCUCUACAGCGACCAGAUCUCGAAACAGAGACAUCGUGGAGGCCACGGAGGUGGAGGAGCUGGUCCCAGAUCCAGAUUUGAGGACGAUGAUGGUGAUAUCGCAAUGACUGAUGACCUUCAUGACGGGGGGUCGCAACGGAGAUUUGCUCCUUAUGGGCGGCCCCAAAAUCGCCGUAACGGCCGAAGAGGAGGAAAAGAUGCAAGAGGAGAUGGUGGCAACAACAGGGGACGAGGGAAUAGGGGAAGUGGAGGAGGCAGUGCCGACGGAGUUGACGGAGGUGGAGGCCGUAAAAAUUGGUUCAAGAUGAUGAUUCCUCAUGGGAAAAAAUACGAAAAACAGUGGCUUCUCUCUUCACUACAGAACAUCUGUGCAGUGCCAUUCCAAGCCAUACAGUACCACACAGAAGGAAACAGAGUACAGUUCUACAUUGACGAUUCUUCUACAGCGUAUGCUUUGAUCAAAGUGUCCAGAAAAAUCACAGACAAAGAUGGAUACAAGAUAGCUGUCUUGAUGAAUCCAUGCCAGCCUCCAAGCUUACCCCAACAGGACCUGAAGCUAGAGGACCUAGAGCAUUUGAAGCAAUGCAUGUCCAAGCGUUUUGACGGUUCACAACAGGCCCUUGAUUUGAACAACAUCAGAGUUGACCCAGAUUUGGCUUCUUUGAACAUUGAGGUGGCACUUAGCAGGAAAAACUCCAUGCAGGCAGUCAUCAAGAUCAUUGAGGAUAACAUCCCUGAGCUGGUUUGUUUAAACCUAAGCAACAACAGAUUGUACAAGCUUGAUGACCUCGCUGACCUCGUUGCCAAAGUCCCAAAUCUGAAGAUUCUGAAUCUCUCGCACAAUGAUAUAAGGUCGGAGAGAGAGUUGGACAAGCUGAAGGGGCUGAGGCUGGUGGAGUUGUCACUGCAGAGGAACCCUCUGUGCGAUCACUUUAAGGACCAGGCCGAUUACAUUAGUGCCAUACGGGAGCGGUUCCCCAGACUGCUCAAACUGGACGGACACGACCUUCCUCCCCCCAUUGGUUUUGACCUGGAGGUUGCUCCGGCUGUUCUUCCUCCGUGCAAGCCCAGUUACUUUGGCUCAGAAGAACUGAAGGGCCUCAUCACUUGCUUCCUGCAACAGUAUUACACUAUAUACGACUCGGCGAACAGACAGCUUCUGCUUGAUGCUUAUCACGAUGGCGCAACGUUCUCGCUCAUUGUCCCGUUCUCCACGCAGAACCCUUCCAGAAGCAGUCUGGGAGAGUACAUGAAGGACAGUCGUAACAUCAAGCGUGUUAAAGAUUCCACUACAAGGUUUCGCUUGCUGAAGCACACACGGUUGAACGUGGUCGCGUUUCUGAACGAGCUCCCCAAGACCCAGCACGACAUUGCCUCGUUUAAUGUCGACGUCAACACCUACACCAGCUCGUUGCUGUCAUUCACAGUCAGUGGAGUGUUUAAAGAAGUGGAUGGCACCUCUCGUGACUCGUACAGAGCUUUCUCUCGCGUGUUCAUUGCCGUGUCCCCUGGAAAUGGAAGCAUGUGUAUCGUGAACGACGAGAUGUUUGUCCGGAACGCCACGACCGAAGAGAUUCGGCGAGCGUUUGUUGCCCCAGCCCCGACCCCUUCCAGCAGCCCUGUGCCCACGCUGUCUGCCACCCAACAGGAAAUGCUCUCUGCGUUCUCCCAGCAGUCUGGCAUGAACCUGGAGUGGUCUCAGAAGUGCCUCCAAGACAACGACUGGAAUUUUGAACGGGCCGGUCAGAUUUUCACAGACCUUAAGGUCCAAGGAAAGAUCCCAGAUAUCGCUUUCAUAAAGUGAAGAAAAUAUGUAUUUUUUAAAUGUUUUGUCUGAUGAGCUCUAGCUCAAGGCUUAGAUUUGUGUUUAUAGCUGAUGUAAUUAUUGUUGAUUAUUGUUAAAAUGACCAGUUUUGUUGCUUUUGAUGGUUCUUUCUCUACAAUAUUUACCAGCUACUUAUUCUGUACCAAAAUGUAGCAUAUGCAUCGCUUCCUCUGGUGUAAUCUUUCUUUAUGAAUGUUUUGAUUAAAAAUAUUUUGAAAAA